CUUUCCACUAGGCAUAAGCAACUUCUGUUUUCACUAGUUAUAGUGCGGCAUAAAACAAUGUCUUCUCUUCUAAGAACAAGUUUUCUUCCUCAGCAUAAUCUUACUUCCCACACUCGUGACCACAACAAGUUUAAAUUAAGUGGUGGAAGAAGAGUGUUUAAAGCGUCGUUGGAGAACAAUAAUACAAGUGAAAAGAGUAGCAUUGUGACCAAAACAGGACAAGAUGAGCAUGUCAAGAGAUUCCUUAAUUUCUCAGGAGAAAAGCCAUCUACUCCCAUCCUUGACACCAUAAAUUAUCCCAUUCACAUGAAGAAUCUCUCAGUUGGGGAGCUGGAAAUGUUAGCUGAUGAACUGAGAGAAGAAAUUGUGUACACGGUUUCAAAAACCGGCGGCCACCUGAGUUCAAGCUUGGGAGUGGCGGAGCUGACGGUGGCUCUUCACCACGUCUUCAAUGCCCCUGAAGAUAAAAUUAUAUGGGACGUGGGUCAUCAGACCUACCCACACAAGAUUUUAACAGGAAGGAGAUCGAGAAUGCAUUCGAUCCGACAGACAUGUGGGCUGGCAGGGUUUCCUAAGAGGGAGGAAAGUGCAUAUGAUGCAUUUGGAGUUGGCCAUAGUUCUACCAGCAUUUCAGCUGGCUUAGGAAUGGCAGUAGGUAGAGAUUUGUUAGGGAAGAACAAUCAUGUAAUUGCAGUAAUAGGAGAUGGGUCCAUGACAGCUGGAAUGGCAUAUGAGGCAAUGAAUAAUGCAGGCUAUCUUGAUACGAAUCUUAUCAUCAUCUUAAAUGAUAACAAACAAGUCUCCUUGCCCACAGCCACCGUGGAUGGCCCUGCUCCUCCUGUUGGAGCUCUUAGUAGGACACUAACAAAGCUACAAUCAAACAGCAAAUUGCGUAAAUUGCGCGAGGCUGCGAAGGACUUGUCAAAGCAAAUGGGAGGCCAAGCACAUGAAAUUGCUGCCAAAGUUGACUCCUACGUGAAAGGAUUUGUGGGAGGGCCAGGAGCAUGCCUGUUUGAAGAACUAGGACUAUACUACAUUGGUCCCGUAGACGGCCAUAAUGUAGAGGACCUUGUCUAUAUCUUAAAGGAAGUUAAGUCAAUGCCAGCACGAGGUCCUGUUCUCAUUCAUGUCAUAUCUGAGAAAGGAAAGGGUUAUGGUCCAGCUGAAAUUGCAUCGGACAAAAUGCAUGGUGUUGUUAAAUUUGAUCCAAAAACUGGAAAGCAAUUGAAGUCCAAGUCGGAUACCCUUCCAUAUACCCGCUACUUUGCAGACUCUUUGAUAGCUGAAGCAGAGCAGGAUGACAGAAUUGUAGCCAUCCAUGCCGCGAUGGGGGGAGGAACAGGGCUGAAUUUCUUCCAAAAGCGAUUCCCUGAUAGAUGUUUUGAUGUUGGUAUAGCGGAACAACAUGCUGUCACUUUUGCUGCUGGUCUAGCUGCUGAAGGACUCAAGCCAUUUUGUGCCCUUUACUCUUCUUUUCUACAAAGAGGUUAUGAUCAGGUUGCUCAUGACGUUGAUCUUCAAAAGCUUCCAGUGAGAUUUGCCAUAGACAGGGCAGGCCUAGUAGGAGCAGACGGUCCAACCCAUUGUGGUGCCUUUGACACUACUUUUAUGGCUUGUUUGCCUAACAUGGUGGUCAUGGCACCAUCAAAUGAGACCGAGCUUAUGCACAUGGUGGCAACAGCAGCAGCCAUUGAUGAUCGGCCUAGUUGCUUCAGGUACCCCAGAGGAAAUGGCGUUGGAUCUAUUCUUCCGCUGAACAACAAAGGAACACCUCUGGAGGUUGGGAAAGGAAGAGUGCUACGAGAAGGGAAUAGGGUGGCAAUUUUGGGCUAUGGUACAAUUGUACAAAGCUGUGUAAGAGCUGCAGAGCACCUUCAUGUGCUUGGCAUCUCAUCAACAGUUGCAGAUGCCCGAUUCUGCAAGCCGCUUGAUGGAGAAUUGAUAAGACAGCUAGCUCAAGAGCACGAGGUCUUGAUCACUGUUGAAGAAGGAUCCAUAGGAGGAUUCAGCUCCCAUGUAUCCCACUUCUUGAGCUUGAAUGGAAUCUUGGAUGGCAAACUCAAGUGGAGGCCUAUAAUACUACCGGACAGAUACAUCGACCAUGGAACUCAGAAGGAUCAGAUUGAAGAGGCAGGACUCAGCUCAAAGCAUAUUGCAGCAACUGUCAUGUCACUAUUGGGAGAAUCUAGGGAGAGCCUUCACAUUACCGACCUAGCGGUGUAAUUGUAAUCAAACUGAUCCUAGCAGCCACAAAAUAUUAUAUCUUGAGGCAGCAAAUAAAUAUAAUUAUAGUUCCUAAACGAAAACGUUGCUCCUGUACACAAGGAGUGAGGAAGAUUCCCAUAAGUUCAUCAUCCUCUUCACUUGCUGUAAAUAUAUAUAUAUAUAAUUUAAAUUGUAUGGCAUAUAAACCUACUUACUAUCG